AUGCGUCUAAACAUCGCGGCAGCAGUUGCGCUGCUCGCCAACAGCGCAGUCGGCGUGGCUCUCCCGAGACAAGGCAGCGGCCGUCAAGUCUUUGCUCAUUACAUGGUGGGUUUGACGAGCGGACAGUCCCAGGACCAAUGGCAGAAGGACAUUACGGAAGCCAAGUCGGCAGGCAUCGACGGCUUCGCCCUGAACAUCGGAUCGGCCGACUCGUGGAACGGCGAGCAGUUACAGUUGGCGUACGAUACCGCCGCAGCCAACGGCUUCAGUCUGUUUCUGUCUUUCGACAUGGCUGCUAGCUCCUGGAAUACCGACCAGGUCAUUGCGCUCGUCAACCAGUACAAGGAUGCUGGUAGUCAGCUCAAGGUCAACGGAAAGCCAUUCGUCUCGACUUUCGAGGGGCCUGACUGGGCUGACAACUGGGCCAACGUGCGCUCCUCUACGGGAGACAUCUUUUUGGUUCCCGACUGGUCUUCACUAGGUGCCGCUGGCGUCGGAAGCAAGCUCGACAAGAUUGAUGGUGCUUUCAACUGGGGUGCGUGGCCGAACGCGAACGAAAACUCGAUGAACACCGGCAACGAUAUUGCCUAUAAGUCGUCUCUUCAGGGCAAGGCGUACAUGAUGGGUGUCAGCCCUUACUUCUAUACUGAUCUCCCUCAAUACAACAAGAACUGGUAUUCAUCCAGCGACUCCCUUUGGUAUGACCGUUGGGCACAAGCCUUGGAGAUUCAGCCAGAAUACAUCGAGAUUAUUACCUGGAACGACUACGGCGAGUCCAGCUACAUCAACGACCCGAUCGCAGCCCAGAUCGUGAGCGGUGCUGAGAGUUAUAUCAACGGCUUCGGACACUCAGCUUUCCGUUUCGUAUUGCCUUACUUCAUCAGCGCCUACAAGGCUGGUAACGCAGAUGUUGCCCUGCCGUCCGAGGGAGCCGUCGCAUGGUACCGAACUACGCCCGCUACUAUCUGCGGUGAUGGCGGUACCGUCUGGGGCCAGGGCGGAGGUGCUUCGGCAGCAGGCGGAACGCAGGAUGUUAUUUCGGUUAUUGCGCUAUCUAACUCCUCCAAGGAUAUCACUAUUUCUAUCGGAGGCGCAAGCCAAUCCGUAAGCCCAUCGCGUUCCGUCGGUAAGGCUUAUUUCUACCAAGUUCCCUUCGAUGGAAAGACCGGUGCCGUCACUGUCACCAUCGAUGGCAAAUCAACGACGGGACCCGAAAUCUCGAACAACUGUCCCGCUACAGGACAUGUCAACUUCAACUCCGUUGCGAUCCAACUAUAA